UUUGACCGCGUCUUUUAGACCGGAGCACCGUCUGCUCGGGAGAGACAGAGGAAAAGUUAGUCAAGAUGGCAAAUCCCUCAGACCCGGAGUGAAGGGGCACCGCUCCCCGAAAAAAGCUGAGCCUGUCGCCCGUCCUGAGACAAACCCAACGAUGCAAACUGCGCCCGGAGGCGUAAGAGGGAUUCCCUGAAGAAAAAAUGCCAGUGAGGCUGAAGCUGAUGUGACACAGCGUGUGCUGGAAGAAAGCUGACUCAUCAAAUAUCAAUCCCUCUGGGAUCAACUAAGCAGCCAAGAGCAGCUUGCAUCUCUUAAUGCCCAGAUAGAAGAGCACCUCACACACACGCCUCCACCACCACCACCAACAACAACAACAACAACGGAGAUUAUCACACAGGAGAAGACAGUGCAGAAAUCCCCUCUCCAGCAGGAAUAUAUUCAACGCUGGCUGUGGGCGAAACAAAUCUUGGCAGCACAGGGCUUAACAGAGACUGCUGUCCCAGCUAAUAAUGACAAAGCUACGAAUGGCAAUACAGUGCUUGAGCUGAACUUCACCGACUGACUGACUGACACCCCCAGAGUGAUCAUCAACUGGCCGACAAACCCGGCAUCCUCCUUACAUCUGUUUAAAGUUUGGGCCGAGGUUGUUCUCCUGAGUCACUCCCCACACCUCUCAGCCAAGCCCCGGCACCACCACAGUAAGCCAGCCUUUACCCUGCCUUGCAGACCAUGAUGUUUCGCGAUCAGGUGGGCGUGCUAGCCAGCUGGUUCAAGGGGUGGAAUGAGUGCGAGCAGACUGUGGCUCUGCUGUCCCUGCUGAAGAGGGUGAGUCGGACCCAGGCCCGCUUCCUGCAGCUUUGUCUGGAACACUCCCUCGCUGAGUGCAGCGAACUGCAGGUCCUGGAGGGAGAGGCCAACAACCCAGGGGUGAUCAGCCAAUGGCAAGGCGAGCCUAAGGAGCGUGUCAUCUCGCUUGUCCUCACCCAUCUCCCGCUGCUCAAACCCGGCAAUGUUGAAGCCAAGGGUGAGUACAUGCGUCUGCUGCCACGCAUCUUAGCCCACACCAUCGAGCACGGCCACCACCUGGAGGAGUCUCGCCAGCUCCUGUCCUAUGCCCUCAUCCACCCUGCCACCUCCUUGGAAGACCGUGCCGCCUUGGCACUCUGGCUCAACCACCUGGAGGAAAGGGCUGCCGCCCGUGGAGACUCGCUGGAGAGGCCUCCUCCUGCCGGGCCGCACCACCACCACCACCAGUCCACACCUCCAUCCACCCUCACCUCAUCAGGAUCCUCCUCCUCCACUAAUAGCUCUUCAUCGGGCAACCCGUACUCCUUGCACCACCACCAGCGCUACGGCUCGGACGACCGCCUCAAUGGGUGGCAGAGCUCCAGGGAUUCGGGGCUGGGGGGAGGCUGGCAUCAGCAGCAGCAUGGCUGUGAGAACGGGCACCUGCUGCUCUACCCAUCAUCUUCUGUGCCCGCAACCAUCAACACAGUUGGAACUGGUGGAGGCGGCAACACGAUCCUAACAAGUGGAGGUGGCAGCCAGCAGCACAGUCCCCUGAAGCGCUCCGUGUCCCUAACGCCUCCCAUGAGCGGCCCCAGCAACCAGCCCCUGGGCCACGUGUGGUUGUCCCAGGAGGACUUACGGACCGCUAGAGGCCCAGCCCCAGACCACGCACCUCUCUCACCACAGAGUAGCAUCGCCUCCUCAGGCAGUGGAGGCAGUGAGCACCUGGAGGAGGCUGGUUUAGGAGGAGGCUCAGGUCUGCAUCGCAGCUCCUUCCAUGAGGAGGGCAGUGGCAUGAGGGAUGUUCCUGCAUGGCUGAAGAGUCUCCGUCUCCAUAAGUACGCUGCUCUAUUUUCCACUAUGACCUACGAUGAGAUGAUGUCACUGACUGAGGAGCAGCUCGAGGCACAGAAGGUCACCAAAGGAGCAAGACACAAGAUUGUUAUCAGCAUUCAGAAGCUCAAAGAGAGGCAGAACCUACUGCGCAGCCUUGAGAAGGAUGUUUUGGAGGGCAGUAAUCUGCGCGCCCCGCUGCAGGAGCUCCACCAGAUGAUCAUGACGCCUAUUAAAGCUUUCAGUGGUGGCGAGGAGGCCUCCCUGCAGCGCCCCCUCCUGAGCCCUGAGAGCAAGAGCGCUGCACCUGGCUCCCACCUGAGUGGAGGAGGCGGCGGCGGUGGAGGCGAGGCCGAGUCGGGCACAAGUGUCAUUGCAGAGGGGGACCUACCUGGCCAGUUCACUCGUGUCAUGGGCAAAGUUUGUACCCAGCUACUGGUGUCAAGGUCAGAUGAGGACAACAUCAGCUCCUACCUACAACUCAUUGACAAGUGCCUUAUUCAUGAGUCCUUCACAGAGACACAGAAGAAGAGGCUGUUGUCAUGGAAACAACAGGUCCAGAGGCUGUUCCGGUCCAUCCCCAGGAAAACCAUCCUUGACAUAGCAGGGUACCGACCACAGAGGAGCCGUUUUGGCCAGUCCAACUCUCUCCCCACCGCUGGCUGUGUUGGGGGCAGCGUGUCAGCCAGGAGGAGCCUUCGCCAGUUCCAGAUGCCCUCCAGGAGCUUGCCAGGUGCCAGGCUGGGCCUUUUGGGAAGCGGGGGGCUGCUGGGACCCACACCUCGCAGCUCCAGCAGCACACCCACUGGUCCCAAGCAGGGGAGACAGGGUCUGUGGUUUGCCAACCCUGGAGGAAGCAACAGCAUGCCCAGCCGGACCCACAGCUCCGUGCAGAGGACCCGCUCCCUGCCGGUUCACACCACGCCACAGACCAUGGUCAUGUUCCAACAAGCUGAUCUUCAGUUACCAGUGACAGAGCCGGACAUCAACAAUCGCCUUGAGUCUCUGUGUCUGAGUAUGACAGAGCACGCCUUGGGAGACGGUGCUGACCGCACAUCAACAAUAUGAAACGAGGACUUGAGUGAGAGCAGCAGGACAGCGCAGGUUCACGAGGCUCUCUCACAAUAAGUCACCUCGAGGUCACCAGCCCUCCCGUCCCCUCUCCCUGUAGCCAAUGGUAGAGCUCAACCAAAGGACCGGGCGGGAUCCAAGAAACACAAGCGAGCCGAUCAUCAAACGGCUAAAACACAAGCUAUCACUUUGGCAUCGUCCAUCAGGUCGGAAAAACAUACUUCCUGCUCCGCCAGCAUGUUCACAGUCACCUGCAUCUGGGUGAAGAGAGAGAAAAAGCAUUGAACACGGCCUGGACAGUGUAUUCCCACCCCCCCCCCACCCCCCCUCCUCUGGGGGAGUCCAGAAGCAGUACUGCUGUCCAGUCAGCCCUGGCAGAAGGGAGAUGCUGGCCUACAGAUCGGGGCCCAGUGAGACUGAGGCCUCUUCCCUCUCCGACACCUUCUGGUCCCUGCACAUCGACCACAGCUCGUGGCAUCUUUCAAAUUCAUAACAGUACCUCAGACCCAAAAAGACGACACAAGCAGAGCUACAAGGAUGCAGAAGGAAGUUUGGAAUUUCCUGGACUGAAAUCAGUGAGGACAGAGAGUCCAGGAUGCUUUCUGAGCUUGGGAAGGCCUCUUGCUCAUUAUUGGGUGGCAAAAAAAUCAUUUAUUUGUGUUUUAUGUAUUUAUUGUUUACAUAAUGAUGCUACUUUCAAAGGGUACAGAAACAUGUAUGAAUUUCAGGUAUGAAUUGUGUCAUAUUCUGUAAAACCUUGGCUGUGCACCACCUUUACGUCCCAUGAGUAGCCGUCAAUGCUAGUUUACAACCAGUCUGCCUAUUCUUUAUCAGCCAACAAAAGACACGUUGGCUCAAACAUUUCACCAGAGAAGAGGAGGAGGACAGAAGAGGAGGUAGAGCAGAUGUUUGAGGAGGGAUGAGAGGAAGAAGGUGAGAAAGGCAGAGAAAGUAGAAUAAGAAAGAAUCAAGCUUAAGUGAUACUGGAAGGGGAAGCGAACGUUUAUGGGAGAAAGACAUCAGAGGCAGGACCUCUGAUGGGCGGAAGAUGCUGGAGGAGGAAGAUGUCAUGUCUAAUCACGUUGUCAGUCUGUUCAUGCGAGUGAGUGCGGCAGGAGGAGGUGAUUUUGGCUCUGGUCAGUUACAUAUUGUUUAUCCACAGCAUGUACUGUAUGAACUCUUUGAAUUCAGAGCCUUUUGUCGGCACAAUACAUGAAAAUGGUUUUUGUACACGUUAAAUGGGAGAUUCAUACGUCAGUGGGAUCUGUCUGCAUGUUCAGAUACUGGGUUUAGUUAUUUUUUAAUCUAAAGCAGGGUGAUAUGCUUAAGCUGCAUGUUACAACUAAAUAUCUUUCUCAGUGAUAGAAGGAAGAUUGUGAAACGUGGGAAGCAGAAAAAAAAAACAGGAGGUCAGUUUUGGUUUCCAUGCAGACUGUGUUGCAGCGAUGAUUGCAACAUUGGAGAAAUCACACACUUGUCACAAUCCAUGAAGGGUAGUUUUCCCAGAGAUUGUCUCAUUAGUGCUUACCUCCACCUGCUGGCCAAAUACAGUCAUGGCAGCACAGAUGCUGAAGUCCAAGGACACAAAACGCUGGUUUAGACUCAGCUGUCACAUGGUCUUCUGUCUGUUCUGUCAGUGCAGGCCUACAUGGAAUAUAUUUUAUUUUCUUUUUUAAAAUUCUGAAUCUCAUGGUUAUUCUGUGUCUUAAUAUUUAUCCUCAGUUUAUUGUGUAUGGAAAACAAGACUUUAUAAGAAAAGGUUUAUAUUGAAAUAAGCUGGUUAGGAAACGGGCAUCUGUACUGCUUUCAACCAAGCAUGUGUGCUGAGAGCCCUGACUUCAAAUGGUGGUCAUUGAGGGUUAUUGAUUUCUAUUGUUUAGUUUCUUCAUUAGUUUGUUGCAAUAGUACUUCCUUUAUAUCCUGCACUUGAUUAUGAUAAUGUGAUACACUAAAAUCCAAAUGUUCAAGGUUCAAAUGACAGUUAGUUUUGUGCUUUGGAGCAGAUUGAAGAGAUGAGACCGACACUUGCUCUCAGCUGUAGAGCAACAGUCUCAGUGGACAAAGGUGGUAGAACCACAACAGGUGGCAAUGUUGAAUCCCGCAGCAUAGACGAAGAGCUCCUAAAUGCCUCUCACUGAUGUCAAAAGAUUUCCGUUUGUUACAUGUUAUCUCAGCCUCACAGGUAAAGGACCACAUCAGUGUUUGUGCAUGUUUUAGCCCCUUACUACGAUUUGACAACUGUUUUUAACUCAACUUUUAACUUGCAGAGACAUGACACUUUCAUUAUCACAGUAAAUAUUCUGUCUGCAUUAACUUUUUAAAACUUUUCAUGUUUGAUUGUGCAGCUGACAACUACCUCCAUUACUGGCAAGAUACAGAUGAGUUUCUCAGCUACUGGUUCAGUACAUUAAAUAUUUUAAAAUAGUGAAAAAUAGCAUUCACAGCCUCUCAGAGCCAAAUAUGCUGUCUUCCAGUUUAAUUGUUUUGUCCAACCAAUAAAAUUAAGUUUUCCAAUUUACUGUCAUACAUGACAAAGAAAAACAGUAAAUCUUCACAUUUUUAGCAGCUCUAGUGCAGGCUUUUAUGCUUUUUGUUAGAGAUUUGCGCCAACAAAUGAAUAAUAACUUAAACACAAUGUUAAUGAAUCACCUUAUCAUGCAGGUUUCAGGUCCAUACAACCUCAGUCUCCUACCAUAAUUGAAACCACUGACUACCUACAAGUUUGUAACAUAGAAAUGUAAAAAACACUACAGUACAUUUUAAAAAUAGGCAGCAGUGAUGUAUUUAGUGGGUGACCUGUAUUAAAGGAGCUAAAACAUGCAGAAAUUCUGUUAUGGUGCUUGACUGGAGCUUAAACAGGAUUCUUGUCAAAUGUGGCAUCAGAUCCAGUGACGGUGGCUUGGGAUCAAAGUCUGGAUCCAAGCACACUCAAACAGUCCACACACACACACACAGACAUACCACAGGUUAAGUGUGUGUGGUAGUGUUGUGACAUCACAGAUGUUUGUCUGAGUGUUUCAGGUGUUUUGUGUUUUCUGCUCUUAUACUUUGAGUCUAAAGAGCAAGAUGAGACGUCGUCUGUACGUCUGUGAACGAAGAUGAAGAUUCCACCAAAGCACAAAUGUGACAUGAACCCUUUUUUUAAUCCCAAAAGGGUGGAAAUGGAUGUUACAGUUCUUUGACAUCCUUUCCUGAUGCUCCUUGCUGAAAGGUGGCAUCAGGAUCUCAUCGUAUUCAGACUCUUUGAGUGUCACUGCCAUAUGAAUCAGUACUUAGAUACAAUUAUUUAUUCUUUUUUUUUUUUUCAUUAUUUUUGCAGAGGUGAUACUUUUACUCAUUUAGGUGUAUUAUUAUUUAAAGUACCAUAUGUAUUAACAUGUUAUGGCUGGUGACCAUACGUACAUCUCAAAUAUUAACAUAGUUAUUGUUGACUGACUAUUUUCUUUUUAUUUUUUGUUGUUGCUUUUGUAGAACUAUAAUCUUGUUUGUAUCUUACCAGCGUCAUGUUGAGAUUUUUCAUGUCAAGUUUUGGUGUCUGAGGUGUCCGUCACAGAUGCAUCAAUUCAUUUGGUUACAAAAGUCACGUCACGGCGAACAAAACAGUGGUGUGUUGUUGUUGUUGACAGGUCAGGAAGUAGACUGGUCCACUCUGGGCCUUCCUCACGUUAGGUAAGAUUAGGAUUAGCAAUCUGGAGUCUGAACUGAGUUUACAGGUUUCUAGGUAUGUUACUUUAAAGGAUAAUUAUGGUAUUUUUGAACUGGGGCCUCACUUUCCAAUGUUUUGGGGUAUAAAUGAUUGAUGGGGCAAAAAUCUGUGAAACAGGUGCAGAGUGUCCACCUUGUUUUUACCACUGACAGGCUCAGAUUGUUAUUAGUGUAGUAUUAGUAUUAGUGUAUUAGUGUAUGAUUAUUAUGGAUAGGAUUCCUACAGAGAUAGACCUUUUUAUUGAUGAGUUAGAUGUUUUUGUUAAACCAUAAACUUUGCUAAAUAUCACUACCAGACACCAUUGAUAAAAAUUUAUUUCAGGAGCAGAACACAUGAGCUGCUUGAAUACUGCUGCUUUGACCGGUUAGUUUGUUUGAGGGCCAGAUUCAAAAAUACCCUUCUAUCCUUGUGAACAAAUUCCAUGAAAAAUGUUUCAGUAUGUGACACAAUACUUUGUUCAUGAGGUUGAUUCAUCGUUGGUUUUGGUCUUUUAAUUGAAUUUGUUUAUAUAAAAAGAAGUAAAAAAUAUCACCAUGCUCAGCCUUUAAUAGCCUUUUAUAUCACUUGCAGUGAGUAAUGUGAUCAAAGGGAUUAUUGUGACUAGUAUUUUUAUUUACUGUCAUGUCACUUUGAGGUAAAGAUUUAUUAUACACAGUUUUAUGUAAAAACACUAAUUCUCAUCUGUGCCACAUUUUGCAGAAAAUCUGACUGACAGCGUUAAAGAACCGGAGUUUAUGUGAUUUUUCCAGGUGGCAGAACAGGGUAAAGUUGCAUGUUUUGUAUUCAGCCUCCUGUUUCUACUCAGCCCUGAUCUCCUACAGCAUCUCUGAGUCAACGAGACAUAAAACAUGGAGCCUGUGACGGGACAGUGGAGGGUUUCAGCUCUGAGGUCUGGAUCAUUUACACAUCUCUUCAAACCAAAUGCUUUGUUUAUUUUAUUUUUUUUUUCUAAACGCAUAUCAGCUCUGUGGGUGUCCACGAAUGCUUCUAACGCUGUGCACACUGCAGUAUUAAGAGUUAGAUAAUGCUUUGUUAUUCAAAAAAAAAACAAAAAAAAAAACACAACAACAAAAAUACAUGUAAUGUACUUCAAGUCGAGACAUAUAUGCUGUUUUGUAUCUUUUAUUUUUGUCAUAGAUUCAGCAGUUAAUUCAGUUUAUGUUAAUAUGGGAUGCCAAGACUUUGUUUGUUUUGUUUUUUAAAAUUCAGCAGCAUUCAUUCUGUAACAAAGUGUUACCGCUUGACUGUGCUCCUUUUACUUCAUUUAGUUUUAUUUUAUCAAAGAGCCGAUGUCCUGUAUUGACUGCAGGCUUACGUAUAUAUUUGACAAAAGAAUAUUGUAUGUUUAAUAAUAAAAAAACACAAAAAAGACAAAAAAUUGAAGAAAACGCAGAAAAAGGAGGAAAUUGAAAAAAGUAUAAUUUAUAUUUUAAAAACUGCAUGCACGAGGCUGGGAAAGUCAUAUUUAGAAUAACAAAUGGCAGUGCCUUUUUUGUACUCAAGACAUUUACCCCAAAUGUAAAUGGUUUUUCUAUGGACUUUAAAAAAACUGUAAUGUUACAGGAAGAAACUAGCGACAGCUGUGUUGGGUCAUGUUCACACCGCAGCUAAAAGUGUCCAAAUUCAGAUUGUUUCCUCCCAUAUGUAUAAAGAACAAAAAAAAUGUUUACAUUAACUUUCCUUAUUGUAAAUCUGAUAUAAUAAUCAUAUUUGAUUAUUGAUGCAGCUUUUCCAUCACUUUCCUCAGAAGCGAUCACUGUAUCUGUAGGGAUGGAAAAAAAACGAACACAUUCAUUUGUAUUUUGUGUCAAUUCCUUGAAUUUAAACUACAGAUUUAAUAAAAUAAAAAAAAAAAAUAAAAAAAAUUGAACUACAUCAUCACUCCACUGAUAAUUUGGUCCUUGUUUGGACCAGUCAGCAACAAAAACAGGGCUGCAACUGAUUGUGUUUUUGACUGAUAUAAAAGUUAUAAAAACAGUGGAGUGGAGCCCAAAUUAAUGUUUUGUCUGACCAGCAGUUUAACUAUAAUAUUUUGACAAAGAAAAGCAUCAAUCACAUCAUCAGUCACAUUUGAAGAGCUGGAACAUCUAUUGUUUGCUAUUGUUUUUGCUUGAAAAAUGACUGAUUAAUAUCAAACAGCAGCAUUUUAUUUAAAAAUAAAAAAUUCUGAUGAGAUGACAGACACAUCAGCGUAGAAUCGAAACACUGCAUUUUUAGUGACGAACAAAUCCAAUAUGUCACAGUAGAUUAACACUGGAGCCACUACUGACCUUGUAAAGAGGAUCAGUUGUCUGUUAGACGUGCUUGAUCCAUGUUGGAAAACGAUUCUUUGUCACUGUUGUUAACAGUGUUCAGAGAUUCCACUUUUAUUCAGUCACGUUGGUCUGACAGAAAAUCAGCAGGAGAAUCAUAGUCCUCAAACAUAGAAAAAUAAUCCCAGUCAGUUUGAUACACAAGGAGAAUUCAUGUCAGAUCAGUGAGAAAAUCAUCUUGUGUUUCAUCAAAAUCCAACAGGUGAACUUGACUCAAAUUUAAACCCUCACAGCCUAGUUUCAAUAAUGUUUAAAAUAACCUUGAAUGUAUUUUGUGGCAUCAAACCUUCAGUCACUAAUUAAAGCAGCCUCAUGUCAGAAACUGUGCUGCUUCCAGAAAUUAAACAUGAAAAUUCAAACUUAAAUCUGAAUUGAACAUUGAAGCUUGCAGUGUGAACGUGGUCUGCGUCGGUGUACUCUCGUCUGUGCGAUGACUGCCGGCGUUGUUUCUGUACUCUGUAGGUACUUAAUGCUGAUAUGAAGUUAUGAAUUAUUCCGGUCUGUACAAAAAAAUGUGUGAAUGACUGUGUGACUCUGUGCGUGUAUGUGUGUGUGUGUGUGGGAAUACAUUCAUACAAGUGUUUUUCAAUGUGUCUUGCUGUAAUUUUUGUUGCAACAAACCAGAAUGCUGUGACUUGGCAUGCCCCCCGUUAUACAUAAAAAAGAAAAGCUGUAACUCCUGCACUGUCUGUCUGUGUUUGAUUCAGUCUCUGCAGUAAGAAUGGACUUUUUAAAAAUAAUUUGAAAUACUUUUAGAAAUUAAAUGUAACAGCUAAAUUUGGUUUUGUCUCACAAUAUCCAAAAUAAAUAAGUGAAAAUUUAGCAAAAAUCUUUGAUCAAAAACUGAAGACUUGAAUAGUUUCAAAGACUGUGUGCAAAAAAGGGGUCAGCUCGUGCUCACAUUGGUCUGAGGGGUUGAAGAUUGGUCCAAAUACUCAGGGGCUGAUUAACACUGCUGCUCUCUAAAAGGUGAACCCCACAGAUAUUAUACAUAAAAAUCAAUCUGGUGGAAUUGGCCUGUGAAAACAGUUGUAUAAUGUGUUUAAGAAAAAAUGGAAACACGUUGCUGAGAGAAUCCGACUGCACUUAUAUUAAACCUUUUUCUAAAACCAACUUUUAUAUAAUCUUUUUAUAAUACUUGGAAGAUGAUUACAGUGACUGUAGGCUACAAUUCAAGUGAGGUUUCCUGUCCAAAUUAGAAUCACACCUCCUAAAGAGAGGAUUUUUUUCAAUUCAUACACAAGGAACAUUUACCCAUCAAAUACUUACAUAAAGUGCCAACAAAAAAUAUAAAAACAAACAAGACUUAAAUGUUGAAGUAAUAUAAUAACAGAAUGUACACAUAGAGAAAGUUGAGCCAUUAAAUGAAUAAUUAAAUAAAAAUAAAAUAAAAUGACCCCUGCCUGGAUAUGAAAGAGAAGAAUUCUCAGCCAAUAUAGCAAAAUGUAUAGCGUUACAAACCAGCCACAAAGAAACAAAAACUGCACUCAAAGAGCCAGGACAGAGGAUUCUGUUUAAAACAAGUGCCUUAGUCACAGAAACACAAACAUACUUUUACUUAGGCAAUAAAAACGUCUGGAAAUUGAAAUAAGGCCAAAAAGAUUGGAGGCAAAUGCUAAUGCUCGCUGCUAAUUGGUUAGCUCGUUAAUCUUACCUUCCGGCAGUAGGUGUGAUCAGUGUCUUCAUCAAAAACAGCUCCAAAGCUUGUUUUAGCAUCCAGAGUUCAUUAGUAAUUAUGCUUUUCACAGUGCUAACAAACCAAAGCUACGAAAGGGACAACUCAAACUUAAAUUUUACAUAUUUUCAGCCGUUUUCCUGUAGCUCUGUUCCACUCUCCUCUCUUUGCAGGUCACGUCCAGCGCCGGCACACGUCGCGGCCAAUGACAACACACGCCGGCCUCGAUAGACAAAACGGUGAUUGGUCAGCUGAGUAUACUCCGCCUAGCAACCGCUUCUGAUUGGUAAAAUCACCUUCUCACAAGCUCAAAAUCUUUUCUACCUCUUUUCUGACUCUAUACAGUUUGAACUGAAACAUGAGAGUGGUUCAAGAUGGUUCAAGAGUAUCUUAAAUCAGAUUUUACUCAUUUUUUCAAUCGAGAUGAAAGAUGCCACAGAGUAUUUUUUGGUUUCACCGCUAGAUGGCACCAAAGUUGGGAAGUUUUGGAUUUUGCAGUGAGUGACUUUUUGAUCUAAAUUGAACCAAACAAACCUUUAACCAAAAACAACCACUGUUAAUUACUUGUAGUGAUUAUUAUGCAAUGCUGUGUUCUGGUGGCGGGGCAUCUCUUUUCCUCACAUGUGAAUGACAGAUUUUUCCUUCUAAAGCUGAAAUUUGUGACUCAAACUGCACUUAGGAUGGCACAGCAUGUAUUGUGGUGUCUGUGAAGUUGUCUCACCUUGUUGACUGUCAUCACUUGACGUGGUAACAUUAACAUGAAUGUUUUAUUUGCAUGAUCCCUGCAGGGCUCACUGAGGUAUAUUUGAGAUGGAUGGAAUUCAAUUUAUUACCUGAUUUACACCAUGAUUAUAAAAGUAUGAUGGAAAACCAGUGGAGAUUAUAUGGCCUAGAUUUUUUUCAUCAUAUUGCAUUUUUUCAGUACUUCCUAAUGCAAUAUAACUAUUUUUUAUGAUAAAAAUAAUGAAAGGAAUGUGUCUUGAACCUGGAUAAACAGCAGGAAAUGGAUAAACGGGCUAAUUGGCAUUAUCAAAAAGCAUGGAAAUACUGUAGACACAAACACUGAGAGUUUUUGCUUGAGCUGCCUCUGUAGUUUGUAGAGCUGAACAUAUGCUCUGUGUGCUGUUGUGAGGCGAUGUUAAACGAAACAUGAAUGUGAUGUUACAAAACUCAGGCUGGAGCUGCUGAGUCAUGCUUCUGUCAGACUUCCAGACCAUGAUCAGCUCCACCUCUCUUUUGUUCACACUGGGCUCAGGGUCAGAUUUACCCUCUGAAGGGGCCCAGGACCAAAAAGGAGACAUUUUGUCUGCUUCCACUUCAACUGAGGGUUUUUCUGUAUUUCCUCCAUCCAGAGGAUCGUUCAGAAAGCUCAGAGCCAGAGUUAUGUCCCAUUCAGCUGUAGAGGUUUGGUCACGGUCCACCUCUACCUCCUCUACAGAAAAGGAGUAAGACAUCUAAGACUGAAAGAGUUGUUUUUUGUUGCUUUGUGGUAGUAUAGUCCCUUUGUUGUCUUUGUGGUUGCAUCUUAUAGAUGUUUUGCCUCAAUUUAUGUCUGUUUGUAGUCAUUUUUUGACCCUACAGGGUAUCCAUAAAGGCACAGCUUAUCUUACUGAAGUAAUGUUACACCUCACUGUAUCUGUUUUGCAUCUUUUUGUAGUCAUUUGCAUCUCAUUGUCUGUCUUACAGACAGAGGCUCUGGACCAGGGGUCCGCUCACCUCUGAAUCCCAUUCAGUAAUACUUCCUGAGUUUGACCAUUAACUUACAGCCAGUAGGACUAAAGGUCACAUCAUUCCCUUCUCAGUUAAAGGACAUGUUCACUAAGGACAAUAGGAGGCUCCUCGCUUGCUAAAAGACGAACGUCAUUAACACUGUAGCAGUAAAUGCAGGUGGAAUGGUGAUACCUGCUUCAUUUUCUCACGGCCCAAUGGGCAGAUCAUGUCUUCAUUUGAUCCACUGAGUUUAUUUUGCAGGACUUCUUGCCUCCAUCGUGGAUGUAGCCAAAGCAGGACAAAGUAAGUGUAAUUUAUUUCCUGUUUUUUGUUUCUGCAUUUUAUGAAUGCACUAUUGCAAUGCAAUGAAAAGUUUAAUCUGUGAGUUGUUUAUUGAUGAGUCACACAGUCAUCUUUGUCACAUACAGUAGAGAUUUAUUUUCUUUGUUUAAAAAGUCUUUGAAAUGAACACAGUACAUAAAGUGACAAUGAUGGCGAAGGGGCCAAAGAACAGGCCAUCCUUCUCAACAAGGCCACAAAAACAACACCAGAGCCGUUUGUUAGCAUUCAUUUUCCCUCCAACACGUACACACACACACACACACACACACACACACACACACACACACACACACACACACACACACACACACACACACACACACACACACACACACACACACACACACACAA